UUCGCCGAGGGAACUAACCGCAGUGACCAAGAAACCGUCGUCACUCGAAGAAAUAACAUACAAAGACGCGUAUUUCAUACCUCGUUAAAAUUAUGAUGCGAGAGAAGCUCCUCGCCGUGUUGUUUCUCGGUUUUAUUGCGAUAGUUCUGAGUUUGCCUCAGCAAUCAAAAUCGAAGAGACCCACUCCAGUGUUCAAGCAACCAGCAACUGGUGGCUUGCUGCUUCCCGACAACGCCACGCUCAUCCGCGACAAUAUUGUCGACACGUUUUCCUGUGAGAAUAGAGUUUAUGGAUACUACGCCGACCUGGAGAAUGAAUGUCAAGUGUUCCACGUGUGCUUACCGCAAACUAGGGGCUCAAUUAGAUGGAGUUUUAUUUGCCCCGCCGAGACAGUUUUCAAUCAAGCGACAUUUGUAUGUACACGGACAGAAAGUUCGAUACCAUGCGAGGAAUCGGAGAAAUAUUACGUUUUGAACGAGGAGAUUGGCAAGGAAGUGGAAGAGGAAGAGGAGGCAGAUCAAGAACGAGGAAAGGAAAACACCACGAAGACUUCUGAAUUGGAAACGGUGUCAAAAAAAUCAUUUUCGAAAAAUUCUAGAUUGCUAGAUCGAGAAAGAUUGUUCCGACGUAAUUAAAAAGAAUGCAUCUUUUCUCUCAUUUGAAAGGAAAUGUUCUAUAAAAUAUUGUAAUUACAGCUAGCCAACAUCUCAGCUUAAGAAUAAAACAAAUUUUAGCUUGCCCUGAUCGAGAUUGACUAAAUGCUCAUUUAAUCUUUAAGAUAAUCGCUUAUAAAUCGCUUAUCAUCUUUGUAAGAACGCACAUAAUAGCAAAUACGUAGAGCUAAAAUUUAAAUUAUUGUCAAUGUAAAAUGUAACAUAAUUACGGGUAUGUAAAAUAAAAUUUAUGUACAGUACGAACACGAGUAGAAUAAAUCGUAUAUUACGUAAUUAUGUGCAAAAAAAUUAAACGCUUAUAUUUGUAAUCUUAUACUUGUAAUUAUUAAUCCAAUAAAAUAAAAGAUGCAAAAAGGAUAAUAGCUUUUUCUUAUAUUUGUAUUUGCAAAAACAAGAAUAACGACGAAGCACUUAUUCGAUAAUUAUUGUCUAGGAAAGUUUUUUUAUAAAGAUUUUUUUUUUUAUUAUUAAUAAUAUAUAAUAAUAAGUAAAAGGCCAACAAAUAUAAUCGUUUAAUACUGAUAUCUAGAGUACAAGACCAUGAUUAUACAAGAAAAAGCGUUACACGAAUGUCCCAAGCCUAAAGUGCACAAGAAUCGUGACGGGAUAGUCUCGCAAACGUAAUAAAAAAAGAAAAACUUACUAAUUGAAAUAAAGCAAUAUAUACACGGCGAUAAGAAAGUGUUGCUGACAACACAACAUAUUUACAUUGAUAUGUGUCGAUAUUGGUCUCUUGUGAACUUAGUAUAAAAUAACUAAAAAAUAUAAAAACGCAUUAAAUAAUAACAGAAAAUUUCCUGUUGCUUAUAUAUAUAUAUAGCUUUCGCGCGUAUUAGAAUGUAGUUUUGAAAUAUUGAACUUAAACUAGAAACACACAUGCACACGUAAAACGGCUAAGAAGUAAAUCCAAAAUCGUCGUCCGAUUCAUCGAUCAUCGUCGUAAAAUUUUCGUGAAAUCGCACAAGUCGCGACGCUUGAAACAUCAUCCACAACUCCCGCGCGUUCCAUUUUUUUCUAUUCGAUAUCUUUGGAUAUCUAGCUAUCAUCUCAGAUAGG